CAAAAACCCCUCAUUUUUUCAUUCUUUCAAUUUCACACACACACUCGCAAAACCCCGCAAACCCAUGGCGAAAUACAUAGCCAUUCUCCUCUUCCUCAUUCUCCCCUUCCUCCUUUCUCAAAACCUCAAACCGAUCCGCCACGCCGAGGCAGCAGGCCCGAGGAAGCGAAGGAUCGAAGUAACGAACGAUCUUGACGACAUUGUCGACGAGGAGGAGGACGAGGCGUGGAAGGAGUGGGGCAAGAAAUCCACGUCCUCUGGUGAUGAGUCCGAUCUCCGGCCUUCCGAUUUGUGGAAGAUGUCAGACGCUGAUAUCCAGGCCGAGAUGAUGAAUCCGCAUUCCGGGUCGUCAAUUGGACUCGUUAAGCUCCGGUUCCGGUCUCCCCCGACUGAGGAUAUGGUAGCUGACACUGCUAUGAAAUGGACAAAAGUUCUGAAAACUGGAGGUAUUGGGGCAAGAUUAAUGGGUAUUGAUCUGGGCACAAUCUUGUUCACCAUUGAAAGAGGCCAAGAUACAACUGAGUUGAGGGAGUUUUUGCUGGACCAACCAGAGGCAUAUGAGAUCAAGAUUGGGGAUCAAACUUUUCGAAGGCCUGGAGAUCCUCCUUUUGAGGAGGUUAUUGCAGAGCUCCAAAAUGAGAAAAACAAGGUUGAUAAUACUAAUCCCACUGAGAAUGGAAGGGAAUUGAAAGAAGAGUUAUAGUUGACCGGUAAUCUUUCUGGCACACAACUACAUAAUUGACUAAUGCAUUUCUUCAUUAAAUUUACAGUCUCUGGUUGUAGCAUCUUCAUCUCCUCAUCCUUAAUUUCUGCCACUGUAGUACAUUUCCAGUGUACCUGGGUUGGUUAUUCUUUAAUAAAAAGUUCUUAUGUUAUUUAUCAAAAAAAAAAUCUUCAUCCCCCUCCCUCUUCUGUUUUUUACAUCUUGUUGACCUAUGUACACAUUCAA